CAGCGGGGGAGGACGGGAAAGCCGAGCAGCCACCCACUACAUCAGCAACAGCAGCACUCGCCGCCUGGGUGAUCGGGACCAACAUGGUGGCUGCUCACACUUCCCAUUCUGCCUCCUCCAGCGAGUGGAUCGCUUGCCUGGAUAAAAGGCCCUUGGAGCGUUCCAGUGAAGAUGUUGAUAUUAUAUUCACCCGGCUGAAAGAAGUGAAAGCUUUUGAGAAAUUUCAUCCAAACCUUCUACAGCAAAUCUGUCUCUGCGGCUAUUACGAAAACUUGGAAAAGGGAAUUACAUUAUUUCGUCAAGGUGAUAUUGGAACAAAUUGGUAUGCAGUUCUGACAGGAUCUCUGGAUGUUAAAGUUUCUGAUACAAGCAACCACCAGGACGCGGUGACCAUCUGCACCUUGGGAAUAGGAACAGCUUUUGGAGAGUCGAUUUUGGACAACACCCCUCGCCAUGCCACUAUUGUUACAAGGGAAAACAGUGAGCUGCUGCGAAUCGAGCAGAAGGACUUCAAAGCACUUUGGGAGAAAUAUCGACAGUAUAUGUCAGGACUUCUUGCUCCUCCUUAUGGUGUUAUGGAAACUGGAUCCAACAAUGACAGGAUGCCUGACAAGGAGAAUAUGUCUAGCAGUAGUCUCUGCUCAAUCUCCAAAAAUAGCAACAAGGCUCUUUUCAUUGAUCAUCAUAUCCCACUUCAUCCAGCUAAAACCAUUUCAGAGGUUCCAUCAGAAAAAAUCCUCCGUGCUGGAAAGGUAUUACGGAAUGCAAUCCUCUCCCGAGCGCCUCACAUGAUAAGAGACCGCAAAUAUCAUCUGAAGACAUACAGACAAUGCUGCGUCGGAACAGAACUAGUGGACUGGAUAAUGCAGCAGAGUUCAUGCGUUCAUUUACGGACGCAGGCGGUGGGCAUGUGGCAAGUGUUGCUGGAGGAAGGUGUUCUCAAUCAUGUGGAUCAAGAGCAACAUUUCCAGGACAAAUACUUGUUUUAUCGAUUUUUGGAUGACGAGCAUGAAGAUGCUCCAAUGCUGACUGAGGAAGAGAAGAAAGAAUGCGAUGAAGAGCUGCAGGACACCAUGCUUCUACUCUCCCAGAUUGGACCAGAUGCCCACAUGAGGAUGAUUCUUAGAAAGCCGCCCGGCCAGAGAACUGUUGACGACCUAGAAAUUAUAUAUGAAGAACUUCUGCACAUUAAAGCUUUAUCUCAUCUUUCGACAACAGUAAAGCGGGAGCUAGCAGGUGUUCUAGUGUUUGAAUCACACCCCAAGGCAGGAACUGUCUUAUUUAACCAGGGGGAAGAAGGAACUUCGUGGUAUAUUAUUCUCAAGGGAUCAGUAAAUGUAGUCAUCUAUGGAAAGGGUGUGGUAUGUACCCUACAUGAAGGCGACGAUUUUGGCAAACUAGCAUUAGUGAAUGACGCACCCAGAGCAGCAUCCAUCGUCCUACGAGAAGACAACUGCCACUUCUUGAGAGUAGACAAGGAAGACUUUAACCGGAUACUUCGGGAUGUUGAAGCAAACACAGUAAGACUUAAGGAACAUGACCAAGAUGUUUUGGUACUAGAGAAGAUCCCAGCAGGAAACAGGACUUCUAAUCAAGGAAACUCACAACCUCCUCAGCACAAGUAUAUUGUGAUGUCAGGAACUCCAGAGAAAAUUUUAGAGCACUUCCUAGAAACGCUGCGUCUUGAAUCACCACUAAGCGAAGGAUCAGAUGCUGGUGUACAUGAUUUUGUGAUGAUGCAUUGUGUGUUCAUGGCAAAUAAUCAACUCUGCCCAGCUUUGAUGGCUCAUUACCAUGCCCAGCCUUCCCAAGGAACAGAACAAGAAAAAAUGGAUUAUGCCCUAAACAAUAAAAGGCGAGUCAUUCGCUUAGUUCUGCAGUGGGCUGCUUUGUAUGGAGAUAUCCUGCAAGAGGAGGAAGCAGCAAUGGCCUUUCUGGAGGAGUUUUAUGUAUCUGUAUCAGAUGAUACGAGAGUGAUUACAGCACUCAAAGACCAACUCCCUGAGCUAGAGAAGACCAUGAAACAAAUAUCAGAAGAAGCUAAAGCACCUCAGAAAAAGCACAAAGUUCUUUUGCAGCACUUUAACACGAGCGAUGAAAGGACACAAAAGCGCCAGCCCAUCAGGGGAAGUGAUGAACUUUUGUUCAAGGUGUACUGCAUAGAUCACACCUACACAACGAUCCGCAUUCCAGUGUUGUCUUCUGUUAAAGAAGUCAUCAGCGCUGUAGCUGACAAACUGGGCUCUGGAGAUGGCUUGAUAUUAGUAAAGAUGAGCUCAGGAGGAGAAAAGGUGGUGCUCAAAUCUAACGAUGUUUCGGUGUUUACAACGCUCAGUACUAAUGGACGUCUCUUUGCUUGUCCUCGAGACCAGUUUGACUCACUGACGCCACUACAGGAGCAAGAAGGCCCAUCUACCGGAACUAUGGGAACGUUUGAACUCAUGAGUUCCAAAGACCUAGCAUACCAAAUGACAAUUUAUGAGUGGGAGCUUUUCAACUGUGUGCAUGAGCUGGAACUGGUCUAUCACACCUUUGGAAGGCACAAUUUUAAAAAGACCACAGCAAAUUUGGAUUUGUUUUUACGAAGAUUUAAUGAAAUCCAGUUCUGGGUAGUCACAGAAAUUUGUCUGUGUUCCCAGCUCAGCAAACGUGUUCAGCUCUUAAAGAAGUUUAUUAAGAUAGCAGCCCACUGUAAGGAAUAUAAAAACCUGAAUUCUUUUUUUGCUUUAAUCAUGGGAUUAAGCAACGUCGCCGUGAGCCGCCUCACAAUGACGUGGGAGAAACUUCCAAGCAAGUUCAAGAAGAUCUAUGCUGAGUUUGAAAGCUUAAUGGACCCCUCAAGAAACCACAGGCCCUACAGACUCACAGUAGCUAAACUGGAACCUCCUGUUAUCCCCUUUAUGCCUUUACUCAUAAAAGACAUGACCUUUACUCAUGAAGGGAACAAGACAUUCAUCGAUAAUCUAGUGAACUUUGAAAAAAUGCGCAUGAUUUCAAACACUGUUAGGACAGUGAAAUUCUGCCGGAGCCAGCCUUUCAAUCCCGAUGCAUCUCUGGCGAAUAAGAACCAUCAGGAUGUCCGGAGUUAUGUGCGCCAAUUAAGUGUGAUUGACAACCAGAGGACUUUAUCACAGAUGUCACACCGGCUAGAACCACGACGUGCUUAAGCGUUUCAAGUGAUUACACCUCCCUUUUUUCUCUCUCCGGUACAAGGUCAUUUGUUAAGAACGCCAGCUCUUCUUGCUACUGCACUGCCACUACAAAUAUAAGCAACAACAGAUUCUAACAUCUUUGGUAAUUUACGCACAACGUACCUGCCAUCCCCAAGAAAUGACAGAGGAAUUUAGCUGCUGAAGAGGUCAUGCAGUGUAGCUUGGAGGUUGCUAAUGUCAUAUACUGUUAGUUAUUUCUAAAAUGUACUAAAAGUCUUGCACAGAAUAGAAAUCUUUAUUUAAAAUGAGAGAGAGAGAGAGAGAGAGAGAGAGAGAAGAAGAAGAAGAAGAAGAAGAAGAAGCCGCCACUAAACAGUGGUGGAAAGAGAACCUAAAACUUCUGCCAUUACCAAGGAAUAUAUAGGUGGGUUCUCUUAGCUAAUAAAAGAAAUUGCAGUAUUUUCUAAUCCAUUAUCAAAUUAAAGGCCAAAAUUCGCUAUUGAUUUUGCAUGUUCAGCUCACAUGAGCUUCAGUGGCAAAAAUAACUAAUGGCAGAAAACUGGUACAGUAAUAUACUACUAUGGCUUUAGUAUUCAGAGAAUAAUUAAAAGCCUUUCACUGCGAGAGAAGUAUAUUUUUAAAAAGACCGCUCUUAACCACAUUUGCCUUACAGCUGUAAAGCAUUGUGGCCACGUAAGUUAACCCUAGGACUGAUUGGGUCUCUAGUACUUAGGUACAUAUUUGUUUACAUUUCACUUCUUUUGGGUGUUUUUUUUUUUUCAACUGCCAAUCAGGAUUUUACAGAAUGCCAGGACAAAGAUAAUGAGAUUUUGGGGUGGGGGGAAUAGCAGCAAAAAACACCAACUUCUUCAAAAAGAGCACAAUAUGCACAAUUUAUUUCAAGGUAAUGUUUUCCUGGACGCUGAAAUUUUCAACAUCAGCCACACUUUGGGCUGAUUAGGUCAUAUUUUCUGGACUUUAAACUUUACAAAAUAUCUUCUAAUUUUCAGGAAUCGUUUUGCACUUUUAAGUAGGCAGUAUACAGAAAUGUUAAUUCAUUGUGAUAGUUAUUUAUUUCUUUAUGUAUUAGUUGAGUCUUAAUAAUUAUUUUUAUCUAUUUUUUAUUUAGCAUGUAAUUGAAGAACAGUUUGGUCUUUGUACUUGGUCUAGAUUUCCUGCUAACAAGGAGUGUCUUGUACGUUUCAUGUAAAUAAAGCGCACUGUCUUCAUUAAA